AUGUUCUUUCAAUAUAAUCCAGAUGCACCAGUGCCGAGCAAAAUACAUUGGGGUCAUUGCUACAGUAAAGACAUGGUUCAUUGGGUACGUUUGCCGAUUGCUAUUGCACCUGACCAAAAAUACGACAUAAAUGGUAUCUGGACUGGCAGUACAUCAAUUGUUGACGGUGUUCCUAUUAUCAUCUAUACUGGAAUCAAUGCAACUAAUGCACAAGUACAAUGUCAAGCUCGUCCAGCUAAUAUCACAGAUCCGACAUUGACAAAAUGGAUCAAGUGGUCAACGAACCCAAUUAUUACUAUUCCGAAUGGACGUGAUCCAUCGACAGCUUUUCAAGAUGAGCAAAAUAAUUACUAUUUGAUCUAUGGAUUCGGCUCAGAUGAACUAGGUGGUCAAGCGGUCUUAUUUACAUCAAGAGAUUUUGUGAAUUGGACGUACUUACAUCCAAUUCAUAGUAACCAUUAUGAUGUUUUCUGGGAAUGUCCAGAUAUUUUUAAUGUUUCUAAUCAACUCGUAAUGAAAGCAUCAUUACGUGGACAAGACUUUUGGGCUGUUGGUGAACUUGAUCCUAUACAAAAAAUGUUUCAUCCUCUCGCUGGAGAUCUCGGGGAAUAUACACAACUAGUUGAUCAGGGAAAAUUUUAUGCAUCAAAAUCAUUCUAUGAUCCUAUGAAUGAUCGACAAGUAAUCGUAGGCUGGAUAGCGGAAGAUGAUGAUCAAGGUGAAAAACGAGGUUGGCAAGGUAUGCAUUCUUUGCCACGAUCGAUCUUUCUUUCGGACGAUGGAUUGCAACUUCGAUCACGUCCAAUAGAAGCAUUGAAAAGUCUACGUAUUGAAGAAAGUCAUCGAUACUUUCAUAAUAUGGUUUUACCAUCAAUAAUACCAUUCGAACUGGUCCCUGAUGUAAGUGGAAAUCAAAUCGAAGUGAUGAUCAAUUGGCAAUUUCCAAGAGACCAAGAUUUAGAUUUUGGAUUGAGUGUUCGUUCGACGUCGGACGGUAGUCAACGAACAAGCAUUGGAGUGAUGACGAAAGCCAAUACAGCGUUCAUGCCUAAUUGGGAUGUGCCUGGAUGGGACUAUUUUAGUGUACCAGGUAUUACGAAUUCGUUUGAUUGUCAACACGCUUGUGAUCAGGAUACUAAAUGUCGCGCUUGGACUUUUGUUAGCACUCGACAAGUGAAUAAUAAUUGUUUUCUCAAAACGGGUAUACCACACUUGGAAGCAGAUCCGACAUGUACCUCAGGUGUGAAACAACAACACGGAAAAAAUCAGCAACAACUUGUCUGGAUCUACAUUAAUCGAACAUUGUCACAGCAAAAUCCUGGAGCAUCACGUGUACCACUUGCUGGUACGAUCUUGUUGGAAUCUGAGUCGUUGAACAGUCAAUGGUUUCUAGGAUUGAAUAUUUUCAUUGAUCAUUCAGUAAUCGAAGUGUUUGAAUCACAAGGUGGUCGUGUAGCAAUUGCAACGCGUGUCUAUCCAGAAGAUGAUACGGCCGAACAUUUGGCAGUUUAUGUCAAUAAUGGUCCGACCACGAAUCAGAAUAUUAUAAUUGAUACAUUAGACAUUUGGACUCUGAAUGGCAUCUGGGCGUGA